AUGCCAUCUCUGACACAGUUGCCAGCCGAGAUGCGACAGCAGAUUCUCCUGCUAGUUCUGCCAGAUACUCACCGGGUAGAGUCUGCGGUGCCAAUACAAUUCAUCCAGCUCUUCCACAUCAACCAGCGUCUCCGCCUCGACAUGGUCGCUGUGGCCGGCAUCUGGACGCCCAUUCACUACAUCUCUUCUCCUUGCACGCUCACAGCGCGCUCGCCACGCACCCGCGGCUGGAAUCUCAACCGCAUUUGCCUGGACCUCUUCUCCACAUCCUUCCUCGGCCGCAUCGUGAAUAGAUAUCCCAACGCACAUCACCCUAACUACCUGCACCCCGAACUCAUUGCCCUUUGGAACAACGCUGUUCCGUUUCUGCCAAAGGACGUUGAAGAAGUCUGGUUGGGUGUCACGCCAGCGCCAGCGGAGAAGCGCGUGCACCACCCCACAUGGCAGGAGUGUGGCCCGCGGUGGAUCGAUGUGUUCGUGCAUAACGAUCACGCGAGUCAGAGGUUCUUGGGUGGUCAUAUACAGGAUGUAGCGGCGCUGGUCAAGAAGAUCGAUGAUCAUUACGAAGGAUGUGUGAGUAUCAAACUCUCGGGUAGGCUGAGUGUAAAGAGUGCUUUUUUCGUUGAAGCUAUAGGCCAGGAAGUUGAAAAGGAUUUGGAGUUCGUGGGAAGGUGGGUGUCAAACGAGGAAGCGCCGGGUGCUGCUGUAUCAUCGCAGCUGUUGUGUCCGAUGGCGCGGAAGAAGCGCCGGUGUGGUACGCAUCUUCUGGCGUGGCUAGGCAAUGUUGCUUGGAGUAAGGAGGCUGGUGAUGCGUAUGCUGGACUUGCGGAUCAGGGUUUUGAUAGGAUGCUCAUGGAAGACAUAAAAGGGAUUGCGAAGCUCUGCGAUGGCGAGGGCAUGAUAGUGUUGCUGCCGGGGAACAUUUUGAGGAGGGCUUUCCAGCACCGAGUUGCGGCGGAUUUGGGCUUGAAGACGGUCGAAGUAAGCGAGGGGAGUGAUAGACAUGUGGUCGUGCGGCGGUAG